AUGUGUGGAUUUCGUUUAGAUGAAGCGCACUGUGUUUAAGAGUGACCGUGCAUUUUACGCAGAGUAUUUCUGAACGCGUUUUAUUUGUUUAUUUUUAAUCUCGGUUACAAAUUCAAGUCGGAAUCCGCCUCAGACAAUGAGAAGUUCCGCGAAAACAUGGACCCAUCGACGCACGGCAUCCGAUGCUGUCAUGUAUCACCACCACCACCAUCAUCACCACCCAUCCAACGACCACGUUCGCAUCGUCAUCAGCGACGACAAGGCUCACGAUGGUGCUCCUCCUCCCGAACACUCCGGAGUACUAAGCAAAUGGACCAACUACAUCCACGGUUGGCAGAACAGAUUCAUGGUACUGCGCACCGGAACAUUGUCGUACUACAAGUCAGAAACUGAGACGAGUAUCGGCUGCAGAGGAGCCAUUUGCAUCAGCAAGGCCAUCAUCAAACCCCAUGAACUGGAUGAGUGUCGAUUUGAUGUUUCGCUCAAUGAUUGCGUUUGGUAUCUCCGAUCCGAGUCGGCGGAAGCGCGGCAGAAGUGGAUUGAGGCUUUGGAAGCCCACAAGGCCGAAUCCGGGUACGGAAGCCAAGUGUCACUGCGAAGCCACGGUAGCAGUUUGUCGAUCGCAAGUUCCACAUUUUCCCGAGCUCAAGGACUUACGGAGAAAUUGAAUGAACUAGAAACCUACAGAGAUAUUUUGUGCCUCCAAAUAGACAAAUUGCAAGGGUAUUUCGAUGCUUGUGCCGAAGUCGCACCCUGGGAACCUGAAAUAGGAGACAUUGAGGAAGACUCGGUGGAAGAAGGGGUCGAGGAAUUCCUGGGGCCGACGUUGCCGGUGGGGUUCAAGGAAGGGCUGGGAAAGCUGGACGUUCAGCCAGCCAAUUUCCGCGGGGAAUCGGCAACAUUCAAGGUGCCAUUUUGCCCAUGGUUUUCCUCUGCUUGUUUGUGUUUUGUGCUAGCGACGUCGAGCGCGAUUCUCACCACUUUGGGACACUGCAUCGACACCGUGGCCCAGCGAGAAGACGUGUGGCGGAAGCGAUUGGAAAAGGAAGAGGAGAAACGGCGGCAUCUGGAAGAGAUGUGUUCUCAGGGACGCAUUUUACCCACGGGUGACAAACGGCUUCUGCUCGGACCCGAUUUCGAAGAAGGACCGCACAGUGCGUUGAAUGAAGAAGAGUUCUUCGAUGCCGUGGAAACCGGGCUGGACAAGAUUGAAGAGGAGGAUAUGUGGAGGAAGCAGACAACGGAGAGGACGGAGCAGGCCCUGAAUCACAAGCCCAGCGAGCCGUUGCAGGAACAUCCCUUGUGGCCAGUUAUUAAUUCUACUACGAAAGAGCAGCUGAAAUACGCGCUUUCCGGGAUCGAAGACGGAGUUUGGAACCUGUUUGUGAAUGAUGGGCCCUUGCGGUUGUACGAAAGGAGUGAGAUGGUGGAUGGUCUACCAGUGGAUCCACUGAAGGCGCUACACACUGUCAACGGGUUCACUGCCAAGGAAUUGUGCCACAUAUUCUUCUCUCCAGAACACCGCUAUGAGGUUGACUUUACUGUUGUAACCAUGAACAUAGUGGAAAAACUGGCAGAGAAUUGUAUGGUGUUCCACCAGACCCACAAAAGAGUGUGGCCUGCUACCCAAAGAGACUCCCUGUAUUUCUCCUACAUGACCAAGGUGGAGGAUCCAUUUGUGCUCGAGGAAUACGCGAAAGAGAAAGGUUUCAAAGACUGUUGGAUAGUGUGCAAUCAUUCGAUAGACCACGAAGGUGCACCACCGCCUGGACAGUGUAUCAGAGUCAAGUUGACUGCUUGUAUGGUUGGGAUGACUUACGUGGAUUGUCCACCUGGCGAAGAACUAAAAAGAGAGCAUUUGACGUGCAAACUUAUGUAUUGUGCUAUUGUGAAUCCUGGUGGAUGGGUACCGGUUGCUGCGAUGAAAACAGUGUACAAGCGAGAGUACCCACGUUUUGUGCGCACAUUUGUGGAACUGGUCGUCAAGAAGACCAAAGGCCAAGGAAUCAUGCUGUGACGAUUUUGAAUGGGGAUCAAAGCCCGGGGCGUGGUUUCAAUGGGGGCAUUCGAUAUCCGUGGUUUUGUAUCUUUUUUUCGCGCACAGAACCGUCCUUGUAAUCGAACAUUCAAAUGGGUGAGGUCACUUUUGAUGUACAUCUUCCGAGAGACUUCCUUUUGCUUGAGUAAGCUGUUGGAAACAAAAAACUUCAAUGGUGACCGUACCCUUAAACGUGUGGGGUGGGGAGUAUUUUCAAACCCGCUUGCAUUUAUGGGAGAAAAGUUGCAGGAAAAUACUCAGUGUUAUUCCUUUUUUUUGCGCUUGAGGCGAUUUUCAUGGGCUGACAUGGUUUGAGAAGUUCUGCUGCAUUGAUUCCUAAGCACUGCUGAUGCUGAAGUGCCUCUGCUCUACAUUAUUUUUUGCUGUGAGUUUGUUGAAAUGAAGCAUUUGUUUUCCUUGCAAAAA